GUGUCGAAAUUUAUACCAGAAUUUUGAUAAACGUCAUUUUAAUUUUUAGUUGUCAUCGUAGAUUUUUUUGAGGUUGAUGCUUAAAACCCAAAUUUUUUGAUUGAAAAAUUAUUGUUAGUGAUUGUAAAUAAUCCAAUCAUAAUUUUACGCGUAUCAUAACAGAAGAAAUGCAUUUUAUUUAAUCUUUUCUUUACAAAAGUAAUGUUAGUAUUUUAUUGACCUUUCGUGCUAAAAUUCAACUGUAAUAUGGCAAAUGUUGAAAUUGCAAAUCUCUUAGCUAGAAAUAGGAUACCUGAUAGUGACGUUAGUUUUAUAUUUUUCAUAUUUUAUCUCCCUUUGGGGUUAGUUUUAAUAGUAUUACGAUGUUGUUUACUACUUUUCUUAUUUCUCAUUUGUCAAUUUUUGCCUGAUACACCGAGGAUUCAAAAGUUUGUCAAUAAACUGGCCUGUUUAGGUUUAGGAAUAUCAGUUCAUGUUGAAAAUCUUAAAGUUAAAGAAAAGGUUCAUGUAUAUAUUAGUAAUAGCGUAUCAGUUUUUGACCAAGUAGCUGUUUGUAAAGCUACAGGUGCCGUAUCGCCUAGUUGUAGAACGACCGUAGAAAGGGUGUUAGGGUUUAGUACUUACUGCUUCGGAUCUAUCGUAAACGUAGAUAACUUUAAGAAUAACCUAAAACAAUUUAUGGAAGAGAGGACCCCCGUUUAUUUCGCCCCCGAAGACAAAGUAACCAACGGAAAAGCGCUUCUCAAAUUCAAAACAUACCCCUUCGAAUUUACCAACAAAGUUCAACCUAUUUGUAUUACAGUCGACCGUCCCUUUUUGGAUAUCUCGGUAACCGUAAUGGGUUCAUCUUAUUUCAGUGAUUUAGUUUAUUAUCUGUUUUCCCCCGUAACUAAUUACAGACUCACGUUUCUUGAACCAUCGGAUAGGAAAACUAUGAGCGAUCAAGAAUUCGCGGAAAACGUACGUCGAAAUAUGGCAACGGCGCUGAAGGUACAAACGACUAAUUAUACUUCGAACGAUGUAACUGAAUGGGAAAAACGUGCUAAUUUUGCCCCCCCGAGACCCCAAACUCGUACCAGAUCAUUAAAUACCCCGGAACUUACCAGAAUGGGGAAACAAGUCAAAGAAGUCCUACCGCACGUACCGCUAAACGCAAUUUACACUGAUUUGUAUAUAACGAGGAAUGUAGAUAGUACGAUCACAAAUAUUCUCGAGGGUCGAGUUCAGUUUACCCCUGAACAAUCCUCUUCGUCUAAUAACCAACCUUCGACUUCCGGUUCUUCGAAUUGCUCUUCGUUUAGCACGGCGGCUUCUUCUUUUCCGAAAUCCGCUUCGGAACGUACCAAAUCGUUCCAGGAACGCAAAGAACAAUUGAUAGCCACCGCCAGGAGGCGGUACAUCGAAAAACAUAACCUCGAUAUACCAAUUUAGGGAAAAUGUUUCGAUAUCGAAACGAUUUUUUUGGAUUCUAGUAUACGCGGUGUCCUAAAAUAUGGUUUUAACCGAAACAUAGGUAAAUGUCACGUUUUUGUAUAAUUUCUUUUGUUUAGGAAACAUUUGGUUAUUUAUAAUCGAGUUGUGCGAGGGAUGUUUCAAUAGUAUCGGUUGUUUUAAAAUUAAAUAAUGAAUUAUUUCAAUAGUUCAUCGCAUUAUAAACAAUUUCUUAUCUCUGGAUAUAGAUGCCGAUUGUGUAUUGUAUAAAAAACUUUUAUUGCAGCUUGAACUUAAUUAUUAGCGAGAUUUUGAAUUGCAUCGGUGGGUUUUCCAUUUUCAAGCCAGGGAAAUGUUGUUAAACUAAGUCAAAAUGUUCGUUGCUUUUCGAACGCCUGUCGUAGAAUAUAAAAAAAUUGAAAUAAUAGUUUUACAGGGUUAUACGAAAAACAAUCGUUCGUUUAUGUGUACAAUAAAAAAUUUAUAUAUUUGUUGUUGUUUGGAAAAAUAUAUUACUUUUUGAAAUAAAAAAUUAAAAAAAAAAUAGUUUCACUAGAAAAAUCACAGGUUUAUUGUAUCAAUGUCAAAAUCAUGUUUUUCUCAUUUAAUAAUCUUUCUUCUACUAAUACGGAGGCUGUAAGAUGAUUAAAAACUUCCUUUCAAGGAUAUUAUGGAAAAAGGGAUCCACUUUUGGAGUUUUUUCCUGAUAUUUGUUUUGAUUUUUGGAUUUUUGUCAAAAAAAAACUCUUAUUACAGCUUGAACUUCAUAAUUUUCAAUUGCAGCAGUUCGUUUUCCAUUUUUAAGGAAGGGAAAUACUGUAGGAAGUCUAAUACACUGAAACAUUUUUGAACUUCCCUCGUAGAAUGUAUGAAAAUUAGAAUAAUAGAUUUACAGGGUUAUACGAAAAGUAAUUGUUCGUUUAAUUGUACAAUAAAAAAAUUAUACAAAUUAUAUGUAUGUCUACGAGGGUUGUUUGGAAAAUAUUCAACUUUUUUUUUUUAAUUAAAAACAAGAGAAAAAUGUUUUUACUAGAAAAAUCGGUCACUAUUUCUUAGUUAUCAAUGUAAAAAUCAAGUUUCUAUCAUUUUUUUAAUAUUUCGUCGAUUUAUACGGGGGCUAUAAGAUGAAUACAAACUUUUCGUUCAACAGUUGCUAAAUAUUUUGAAAAAACGAAACUUUAUCAUCAAAUAUGUUCUAAUUAGUAACCUUUUAACCGUUCACUUUCUAUAAUUUGAUAAAAUUUUCUUUAGCAAUUCUAAUUUCGACAGACAAACAUAUAAAAACAUGUAUUACAUUCAGAAGAAUUAUAAAUUUCCAUUAGUAAAGUUACUUUGAACACUCCCCUGUAUACGAAGUAUGAUAAGCAAGAUACUUAUAGAUCGAGGAUGUCAAAAAGGCGGCGCUAAUUCCUCCCAAUGUUACUUCAGACCCAAACGUCUCUUACUCUCAAUACGACCCUCGUAGAAACGCUUCGAUAUCAGUUUACGCAGUCUCAAUUACAUGUGGUAAUCGUUAGGCACCAAAUAGGAAACACAAAAAUUUGUAAUUAAAUUUUAUUCCUUUUUUUUCUGUACGACCUUCGUAUAAUGUAAAAAGUAAGUAAAAGUAACCCUCGUAAAAUGUAUCAAAUCUUCAAGAUGGCGGCGUUAAACCCGCCUUAAGUUCGUCAGCAUUGUUAUUUUCGAAUUAACCCUCGUAAAAUGUUUGAAGUCGUAAAACAACAAAUCUACUGUUUUAGGACACCCUGUAUAUUUUUUUAUUGUGGAAAUUUUUGAAAUUCGAAUUAUUUAUAAUCAACCAUUUUCAAAUUAAUUAAAUGAUCGUUAUUA